UUUACUUUAUAUAAUAUUACCUAUUUCUUUAAAACAAUAAAAAAAUUAAAUAGCUGCUAUAAAGGAUUCUGCAUAGUAUUUGACAGUCAACAAAGAUUUUAGUUUGAUUUGUUUAAUAUAUCAUGUAGAGUACCUGCAGCCCCAUUGACUAACAAAUUGUCAGAAUAGUAAUCAAUAAAAGAAAGCACUUUAUUCAACUUUAAUACAAUCAAAGAGGUUCAACAAUAGGUGUAUUGUGAAUAAAAACAACAUUUUCCUUUUAUAACAUCACAACAAGUAUACAUUGUCAUAAUCAAAUUUACAAAAUGCAGAAAUAAAUGCAUUUAAUAUUGAAAUUGUAUCGUUUAACCCACUUGUUGCUAUCGUUCUUUUAAAAGGUCGAUGUAUAAAUAAAAUUAUUGUGAACAAUGAGGGUAUUUAUAACAUUGUUGUUUCUAUUCAUUUGACGGGUCUUAAGUGUACGAAGCGGACACAACAUUCAUUGUUCGUGAUUUAAUUAAUCUUCUAUUUUGUAUACAUUUUUGAUUUCAAGGUUUUAACUAUGAAGAAUUCAAGAUAUCAAAAAAAGUGGUCUCGGCAUUUGACGCUAAAUGAAAUAGUUGAAAAGUUAGAAGAGGAUGAUGAAGAGGAAGUACCUGAUUCCAUUAUCAUUCUGCCUCCUGAAAACUGCAAUGCUGAUGUCACUGAUGAGGAUUCAGGUGAUGAAAACCAAGUUUCUCUAGACAAUUUACCCGGAUCUCAGUUACGGGCGCUGGGAGAAGCUUGUUUCCAGUCAGAAAAUUGUAGUGAUGAGGAUGAUGACAUACCACUCAUGCAGUUAUCUAGACGCAGACGCGUGGUUUCUACUGAAUCAGAUCUCGCUUCUCAGUCAACAUCCACCAUCGAGUCUACGGGUCAUAUUAUAACUGUCUCCAAAAAAAAGACAUAUGAUUGGGUGUCACGGGACAUUCGCCCAAGUUUUGAGCCAUGGCAAUAUAUGCAGACCACCAGAACUCAAUUUAGCCCUUUACAAUAUUUUCAAUUGGUGUUUGGCGAAGACAUUAUAAAUAUGUUUGUACAUUACACAAAUUUAUAUGCAGCCAAAAAAAAUGCAAACACGCAUUUUCACAGCAAGAAAAAAAAUAUGUACUUGUUGAUCAGCCAUCUGUCGUUAAGAAAUAUGAUGAAAACAUGGGGGGAGUCGAUAGAUCCGAUCAAAAUAUAGGUCUGUACAGAACGUCAAUUAGGGGAAAGAAAUGGUACUUCUCUUUGAUUUGCCACGGAUUGGACAUGGCCUUACAUAAUUCUUGGCAACUAUACAAAAACAACGGAGGUGAAUAUGACUUCCUUCACUUCCGCAGAAGUGUGGCAACAGCUCUUCUGGAAACGUAUAAGAAAAGAUCAGAUCGUAAAGCAACUCGUGUCUCCCAAAAUUUUCGCGAAGAUUCCCGAUUUGAUGGAAAAGAUCACCUAAUCAGAUACAGAGACAAUCAACUUCGGUGCUUUGAAUGUCAUAAAAAAGCCAAUUUUUACUGUCCUAAAUGUAAUGUUACUUUGCAUCCUAAGUUUUGCUUCGAAAGCUUUCAUAUUCCAAAAUAAAACUGUGUGAAACCUAUAGUCUUAUUUUAUUUCACCUAUGAAUACCAUAGCAGUACAUAUUGCUAGCGUUCUUUUAAAAGGACGGCAUUUUCCAACUUUCCUAAUUGAAGAAAAAUUUUUUUAAUAUUUUUUUCGUAUACAAUAUAGCAUUAUUAGCAUUAUAUGUUAAAUUUAUUAUGAGAUAAUCAAAAAAGUUGUUUCAGGAACAAGUGGGUUAAUCAGCUAUUGACUUUGGAUUUUUUGUUACAAAUAUAUAGACUAUCUAAUCUUAGAUCUGUCUAUCAGGUACAGCACUUAAAUAUUCAAAACUUUGCGUUAACUAUCAAGCCAAGAUUGAAAGUCGUUAUCUUAUCUAUUUUCCAAGUAAUAACACAUUUUGUACUAGUUAUUGUUAUUGUUCUAAUGAUAAUAUUAUGUACGUAAUUGUUGGUAUUACAUACUAUUAUUGUUUACGUCAAUGUAAAUAUGUAUUAUGUUAAAUUGACAUCAUUUGUAAUUAUUAAUUACUUAGUAUUUUCUCUAAUCUAUUUAUACUGCGGUCUGAGUAAUAUAUUGUUUAAUUAAUGUCAUUUACAAAAGUGGAGCUGUGCCAAAAUGGGACAAAGAAAGUGCAUGUUCUUACAAAAGUAUGUAGCAUAGCAUAUCAUCAUUGUUCUUUUAAAAUGUUCUAAGCCCCUAAUUCUCAUGCGUCACCCAUAACAAUACCAUAUUCACAGACUUUUUAUUUAUUGAUUAUGUAAACUCUUGGGCAUAGAAUGGAUAUAUUAUGAUCAUAUCAGGAAUGAUUUUUAUCAGUCAAAGGGGUGGACUCACAAUAGUAUCUGACAAAGGCUUUCCAAUCAUGUGUAUUGAACUAUAACCCCUAGGGGCUUAGGCUAAUAGACUGCUUAUGCAAAGCAGUUUCUUCUGACCAAAUAUUUAACAAAAAAACCAGAAUCAAUUUGAAUUUCAGAUACAACAGUGCAGUAUGGUUUGUAUGACCAGGUGUGUGCAUGUAAUAAAAGCUUAAAUAUUAUACAAGUAUUGUUAUUGGUGCUUUUCUGUAUCCUUUUCCGUCCCCAGGGGACAAAGACAUGAAUAUGAGUGUUU